AUGAGCUCCUCAAAGCCGAAGAUAGACUACUCGCUGUACCUGGUAACAGGCCGCGAGCUGUUACCGCCCGGCAAGGACUACUAUGAGUCUCUCGAGGAAUCUCUCCAGGGCGGAGUGACGCUCGUCCAAGUACGAGAGAAGCUGACAGACACCGGCGAAUUCAUCGACGUGGCAAGGCGUACCAAGGAGAUAUGUGACCGGUAUAAAGUGCCGGUCCUGAUCAACGACCGUAUCGACGUCCACCUUGCCAUAGGCUCCGCCGGUAUCCAUAUCGGCCAAUCCGACUGCCCCCUCCCACUCGCGCGCCAGCUUCUCGGCCCAAACGCCAUCAUUGGCGUCUCCGUCUCCUCCCCUGCCGACGCCAAGCGCGCUGUCGCACAGGGCGCAGACUACGUGGGUAUAGGUCCUGUCUGGCCCACGGGGAGUAAGGACGUGAGCAAGAAGGUGUUGCUCAGUCCGGAGGGAGUCGGUGCGGUGUUGGAUGCACUGGCGGGAACGGGCGUUGAGGCGGUCGCGAUCGGCGGUAUACAUCCACCAAAUCUCCAAUAUCUCCUUCACGCAUCUAUCGCCCCGAACUCCCGGAAUCAUCUCGCAGGUAUCGCUAUCAUCUCGGACAUCGUUGGCUCUCGGAUACCUAAAGAGGCCUCUGAGGGCCUGAGGAAGGUGGUGGACUCUUUCAAGCGGUCCAGGGAGACGCUCGAUCACCCACAAGCUAUCUUCUGCGCGAAGGCGCAGUCGCCGAGGGAUACAGAGGGGAUCUUAGCGAGAGUAGGGGAUUUGAUGCGGAUCGUCCGAAACAACACGCCUCUCAUACAUCAAAUCACCAACAACGUGGUCAUAAAUGAUUCAGCCAACGCCACCCUCGCCGUCGGCGCAUCACCGAUAAUGGCCACCAACGCCCGAGACGUCAAGGACCUCUCCCCAGCCAUCGGCGCGCUACUCGUCAACUUCGGCACAAUCACCGAUAAGGAAGGGAUGAUGGUCGCUGGUCGAGAGGCGAAUGUCAAUCGGAAACCGGUGGUGUUUGAUCCGGUCGCUGUUGGGGCUACGUCAUACAGGCGGGAAACGUCAAAAGAGCUUCUAGCCCAUUGGCAGCCUACAGUCAUCAAGGGCAACGCCGCUGAGAUAGGUGCUUUGGCGCAGUCUGCCGAGGUUGCGACUCGCGGGGUCGACUCAGUCGGCUCAGGCUUCAGCGACCCAGCAAAGGUGGUCCGAGAUCUAGCGCGACGGCGCGCGGCCAUCAUCGUGCUCACUGGCGAACAUGACUACAUCUCAGACGGCGAGACAGUCAUCAAAGCUUCAAAUGGGCACAAAUUGCUAGGCGUCAUCACCGGCUCGGGCUGCAUGACCGGCACGCUCGUCACCACCUUCUGCGCCGCGGCUCGACUAUAUCAUCUGGCGAACCACGAUCCAUUUGAGGAGGAGUCACAACUCGUCCAGGGAGAUAUGCUAAUGGGCGCUUUGGCGGGAGUACUGGUCAUUACCAUAGCAGCGGAGGUGGCUGCUGCUAGGUCAGAUGUCAAGGGGCCGGGGACGUUCCGGGCUGCUUUGAUCGACGAGCUAUAUAAUCUCACUCCAGACGUACUGGUGGAGAGGGCAAAGAUCGAGGUAAUCUCUCCGGCGUGGAAAGGAGGAGCAGACUGA